AUGAUGAGUGCUCUUCAUCGAGAAACUUGUCAAAAUAUUCUUGCUCAACUAUUUGGGCAGAGCAUUGCUGAAUACAGAACUAACCAGGAUGAUUCUUUCCAUGUUCCUCAAAACAACAGUGAAGUUGCCAGAAUUGGUUCAAUUGGCAAGAUUAAGGAUAUUAUUCUUGCUUUCAUCUUCAUUCUUGGUUUGGCUUCUUCAAGAUUUUCAAGCUUAAAUCUUGCCUCGGGAAAUGAAGAGCACUUCAAUGUCAUCGAUUAUGGCGCCAGAAGUGAUGGUGUUACGGACGAUUCUCAAGCAUUUCUGAAGGCAUGGGAUGCUGCAUGUAGUGCAGCAGUUGAGCAUCCAAGGGUGAUAAUCCCUCCUCAAAAAACCUUCUUGAUUUCAGGCACGAUUAUCGCCCCAAGCUCACCUAUCGUGUGGAAUGGGCGCGACGCAAGUCAAUGGCUAGCAUUCGACAAUGUGAACGGGCUAAAUGUUGAUGGAUUUGGCACAAUUGAUGGACAAGGCAAGGGUUGGUGGGAUCAGUCAUGUAGAUAUCAUCCACAAAAGGCUUUAAAGUUUCUUUCGUGCAAUGGGAGCAGUUUGAGUAACAUGAACUUCAUUAACAGCCCUCAGACGCAUGUACUCGUCAAGAGAUGCAAUGAGUUCGACGUUAACAAUGUCGUAAUAGAGUCUCCGGGAAAUAGCCCUAAUACUGAUGGAAUACAUAUUCACUCGUCUCACCAUUUGACCAUCACCAAUUCUAAAAUUGGAAGCGGUGAUGAUUGCAUUUCUAUUGGUGAUUACGUUUCUAACGUUGAAAUAAGUAAUAUUAUGUGUGGACCUGGUCAUGGUAUUAGUAUUGGAAGCCUUGGAAGAGGAAGGAAUUAUGCCAAGGUGGAGAAUAUUUACAUUAGUAACUCCCACUUCAAUGGAACAACAAAUGGAGCACGAAUCAAAACUUGGCAGGUUGGAAGAGGAUACGUUCGAAAGGUGACCUUUGAGAAUCUUAUAUUCACAUCCGUGCAAAAUCCUAUAAUCAUCGACCAGAAUUACUGUCAUCCCCGAGAUUCAUGUAAACAAGAGAAAACUGGAGUUCAAAUAAGCGAUGUAAAUUACAAGGAUAUAUUUGGAACGUCGAGCACGAAGAUAGCCAUUACUUUAAACUGCAGUCAGUCCGUGCCAUGUUUUGGAAUAUUUAUGCAGUCAAUACACUUAGAAUCUGCCCAAGCUGGGAAACGAAUCACGGCAAACUGCAGUAGCGCUUUUGGUGAAGAAGAUAGCGUUUUUCCCGGCCCCUGUCUCUCAAAAGCACGCCUUUGA